AGCUUAUUGCGACGUCAGGAGUAUUUCACAGGGGGAGGUGCAGCGCCCAUCUGUUUUGUUGUGGACAUUUUUGUGUUCGCGCAGUUUGCUGAUGGAAAACACGUUUUAUUGUGUUUUUCUAGAUGUAUAAAUACCACGCGAAGCUGUUUAAUAAAGUAUUAACAUCUCCGAUGUGGAACUCUUCUGUUAAAUCCCAAAGAUGAAGAAGAGCAUGAAGCAGAACAUGGAGAAGAAAAAGGUGGGUGUAGAGGAAGAAGCUUCAGCACCUGCCAUGGACAAGUGUGAGGUCUCAACUGGUGAUGAGUCUGCACAGGAAAGACAGUGUCUUCGAAUUUUGCAAAGCGAUAGCUGCUUCCUUGAGUUCUUAAACAAAGACCGACAUGCAGUGCAUUCGUUUUGCGACAUCGCCAUCACUGUUCGUGGGGAAAUGUACCCAGCACACAAGGUGGUAUUAGCGUUCGGGAGCAGCUACUUCCAUACUAAACUGAGCGAAAACCCUCAGCUGGACCAUAUGAACUUUGAUGAUGUAGAUAGUUCCACAUUUGAACACUUGCUCAACUUUCUGUACACGUCCAAAAUGGAAGUGCAGCAGGGCCAAAUCCCAUCAUUAUCCGAGGCUGCGUGCUUCUUUGACAUGAUGGAGGCGAUGAAUCUUCUAGCAGGUGAAGCAACACCAAGCCGAGCACCAGAAGAAGUCGAGAAGGAGGAGGAAGUGCUGGUGGAGGAACCUCAGAGUUCUUCUUCAGGAGAGCUUAAGAAGCCUCAAUCUCCUGGAGAAGCCCAGUGUUUGCUUUGUAGCCGGACGUUUUGUUAUAAAAAGUCGUUGGAGAACCACAUGGCCAAGAUGCACAGCCAAGCUGAGGUCAUUGAAACGGCGGCUCCUUCGAGCAGUAAACGCACGUCGACCCGUCAGAGGAGGACACCAAGAAAAUUUGAGAGCCAGGACAGCAAGAACUGCCUUGGAUUGGAGAACCGUAGGCCAAAGGAUGCAAAUGUGGACGAAGGAAAUAGCUCUGAUGAUAAAAAUGAUGUUGAUGAAGAUGAUGAAGAUGAUGAAGAUGAAGAUGAUGAUGAUGAUGAUGCUAAUGAUGAAGAAAACCAGCAUAAACAAAUCAAAGAUGGAGAACAAAAAGAAACAGAAAGCGCUAUGGAAGCAGAGACUGGAAGCGUGAGAAUUGAGGACGAUGCAGAUUGUAGGAAGGAGGUGGAGUCAAGUGCUAGUCAUCUGACCAAGGACCAUGAUGCAUCAGUGGUGCAGAGCAGUGGCGGCCAUGUUUACCCAGAAGGCCUUGCCCCAGUGAUCAUCCAAAAUGGCAACAAAAAGACGCUCAAAUGCCCAAAGUGUGACAAGACAUUUGAUCGUAUAGGAAAAUAUGAGAGUCACACGCGAGUGCACACCAGAGAAAAGCCGUUUCAGUGUGACGUGUGUCUGCAGCGCUACUCCACUAAAUCCAAUCUCACCGUGCACAAGAAGAAACACACCGCUGACGCGCCGGUGCAAAGAAAAGAUCACAAGUGUCCGUUCUGCAACAAACUUCACGCCAGCAGAAAGACGCUGGGCAAGCAUGUCAAAAGGUUCCAUCCUGACCACGUGCAAGAGUUUCUGAGCACGAAGAAGAGGAAGAGUGAAGGCUGGAAGUGUGAUAUCUGCCACAAGUCGUUCACACGGCGCCCCCACCUGGAGGAGCACAUGAUCUUACACUCUCAGCACCGGCCGUUUAAAUGCGCCUACUGCGACGAGUACUUCAAGUCCCGCUUUGCCCGACUGAAACACCAAGAAAAGUACCACUUAGGACCUUUCCCAUGUGACAUCUGUGGACGGCAGUUUAAUGACACCGGCAACAGAAAGCGGCAUAUCGAGUGCACUCACGGAGGGAAGAGGAAGUGGACAUGCUCCCUGUGUGGCAAGUCGGUCCGAGAGAGGACGACGUUACGGGAGCACCUGAGGAUCCACAGCGGGGAGAAACCACACCUGUGCAGCAUUUGCGGACAAAGUUUCCGCCACGGCAGCUCCUACAGGCUCCAUGUUCGUGUCCACCACGAUGAUAAACGCUAUGAGUGCGAAGAAUGCGGAAAAGCUUUCAUUCGACACGAUCAUCUAAAGAAACACAAGAAAAUACACACCGGCGAGAGAGCGCAUCAGUGUGAAGAGUGCGGGAAAUGUUUCAGACGCGCCGAUCACCUGAACGUCCACUACAAAAGUAUUCACCUGGGAGAGAAAGUGUGGAGAAAGUACAAGGCUGUAGUGCACCAGUGUGAGGUGUGCAAGAAAGAGUUCAGAGGCAAAACCAAUCUGAUGACACACUUCAGGACGCAUUCAGGAGAGAAGCCUCACCGCUGCGUGAUCUGCAACCAAACCUUCCGCAUCAAGAAAACUCUGACCAAGCACAUGGUCAUCCACUCAGAGGUGCGGCCUUUCAGCUGCCCUCACUGCAGCGCCGCCUUCAAACGCAAGGACAAGCUCAAAUAUCACGUGGACCAUGUCCACAGCGCGCGUCCUCCCAACCCGGCCUCGUCCCAAACACCCGAAACGUCCCAAACAUCCAAACCGGCCGAGGUGUGCGUCCCCGUGGCUUUGGUGCCGGUCCACGUUCCAGAGGAAGCCGGAGCCGAUCUGCAGCAGCAGCCGGGUGGAUACCAGCCAUCCACUGACCUGGUCUUCCUGGAAAAAUACACGCUCACUCCUCAGCCGGCCAACAUCGUGCACCCGGUCCGGUCGGAUCAGAUCCUGGACCCGAGGGAGCCCUCGUACCUCAGCACACUGCUCGGCCUCGACUCGGCCACCUCUGAGCACGCUCAGUAGCGUUUUAAAAGCUCACCUAAUAAGAUCAUGAAAUGUCAAUGGACUUUUAUUAACGUUUCCACUUUUUUUUUUUAUUUAACAUUGUCUAGUAAUAGUACUGUCAAGAGCAAAAGUUCCCUGUGCAUCUCCUGUGUAACAUAUGAACCAUUUAAUAUGUUUCGCAUAGUCAGAAGUGUAUGAUAAGAUUAUAAUGAAGAAAAAAACAAAAACAAAUGACAUCAGAUCAGGUAUACCACAGUGUUCUUGAGUGAAUUCUUGAAACUGAUUGAUUGGACGCUGUCGAUUAAUUUUCGGCUCUCGCGUUGGGUUUACCGAUCACGCUCGCUGCAUGUCCGUCACAUGUGGAAGUUAUUAUGGCUAAUAAGCACAAGAGCGUUCCAAGCGCAGUAGAUGUGCAACAUCAUGGUGGGACUGGAUGUGAGUGGAGAAUGAACAGGUUUUGCUCUGGUCUAUUCUGUAAUGUACUUCAGUAGUGACGUGAGAGAUAACGAAAUGCCAUUAAGUUACUCUUUUAUCUUUUGCUCUCUAUAUAAUCCUCAACAGGAUGAUUUGGGUUUAUGAUACGGCACAGCAUAGGCAAAUGUUUGGUACUUCUAAUGCACCUCGUGGGCAUGUUCAGGAUUUGUUUUCCUAGGCUAACUAGUUUAGUAAUAUUGUGUUCUUUGAGGAAAAACAAAAGUAUUCUAGCUUAAAUACAUAGUUAUUUAGUUAUCCUUAAAGGUAUUAUGUAGAAACCAGCAUGCACCUGUUAUGUAGAACUUCCUGUCAGAAGCUAAGGAUAUUUAAUUACAGUGAACCCUUAACCCUUUUUUUUCUGAGUGUUGUUUAAAAAAAAAAAAAAAAAAAAAUGCUACAGGUGCUGUGUCUGACGUUGGCCAUUUUAUAGUGGAAAAAUAUCCUUAUUCAAUCCCACAAUGCACUGGUAUAGGUGGUGGAUUUCAAGAAAAUAUUAAAUGUGAGUCCCUAAAGCUUGUGUGAGUGAUUCAGCGUAGUAGGGAUAAUGUCAUUAAAAACAAUUCAUUGUUUUUGCACCAAAAUGAUGUUCUUAAAAGCUUUACAUCAUCAAACCAAUUUCGCCAUUAACAUUGUCUGCUGCGGUUCCUUUAGGACUCGCUUAUCGCCCCUGACUAGAACGAUAUGACAAAAUUUCCAAAUCCUGCAGAAUGAUCUAGAGACUGCUUUCCAUUUUAUGGACCUAUUAAAGUCACAGGUCAUACAAUCAAAACGGCGGAGUUCUCCUUCCAUUCACGCAACCUCAAUGACAUCUCUAUUUGUUCUGUGGGCCUAGUGAAAAGGAAACGCAAAGCCGAAAGUGAUAUGCUUUUAUUUAUUUUGGUUGAAAAGUGAGUGUUAAUGCUGAGAAGGAUGAUCAGUAGCAAGAGCUCUGCAGAUGUCCCCCCCACUCCUCCUCCAAGAUUUAGUCGUUGAUACAGCUCACUGUCAAAACUAGUGCACAUAGACAUGAAUGAAUAUAUCUGAAUUAAGAUUCGGUAUCAGCACUGGACCACAGACAGUGUUACUCUGCUGAUACAGUUAUUAUAAUAUAUUAAUUGCAUUUAGUAUUUUUUGCCAUAAUUAAAAUAGGUAUGUACUUACCCAGUGGUAUUUACCUGUAAACAAAAUAAGACAGUCUCAAUAAAAACCCCAAAACGUUCAA